UAAAUUUUACAGGACAAUUCAUGUGUUAACAUGGUUUUUUGAAAAAAAGACUUUGUCAUACAUUCAUUAAAGAUAUUACGUUAUAAAUUAGAAAAUGUAAAGUAGCAAAAAGACGUGUACUUUGAGUUGCAAAAGAAAUAUAAAAAAGGCUUAAAGUAAACGGAAUAAUAACAAGUGAGAUGAGAAGUCCAAGUAAAGGAAUGCAGAUUUGAUUGGUCAUUUCUAAUAGAUCCAAUGCAAUCAUAAGGAUAAGGAUACAUAAUUGGCUGAAAAUGCAAUCAUAUAAUAGUGUGACUGCAAAUUGAAGAAGGAAAUACUCCUGGUGCCUCUGCGUGUCCCGUUAGACUUCUUAUCUCUGCAAUAUAUAUACCGCACGUAUUUUACUUAACUCAGUUCUUUAUUCGCAUUGACACUUUAAUGUGACAAUCAAUCUGUUUUGAAAAUUUGUAAAACAAAUUGAUAUUUCUUUUAUAUUGCAAAAAUACAUUUAGAAAAAUGCUGCUCAUCGGCAUGAUCUGCGCUAUAGUUGCAAGUGGCUUUAUGUAUCAUAAUUUACGAAGAAAUUGGCCCAUUUUUGUCCUAGAUAUAAAAUAUAGUUUACUAGCUUUUAAAGAAAUUAUAAAUGAUUUGAUGAGUGCAAAAAAAAAUAAAAAUGAUUGUUUACCUCAACCAGGAAGAAUUGCAAUUGUAACAGGAGGCUCUAGAGGAAUUGGGGUUGAAGUAGUAAAAAUGCUUUUAGAACUUGACAUGGAAGUAAUAAUUGCUUGUAGGACACCUUCUGCGGGUGAAAAGGCUAUUCUUGAAAUUAGAGAAUCUGGCGUCAAGACGGGACAAGCAAAAGUAUAUACACUUGACAAUACAUCUUUGGAAUCUGUAAGACAAUUUGCUAUGAAAAUAAAAAAAGAUUAUGAACAGAUUCAUAUUUUAAUUAAUAAUGCUGGUAUCAUGUUUCAUCCUUAUUCUGAAACAGUAGAUGGUUUUGAAGAACAUUGGUCUGUAAAUUAUCUAUCACAUUUUUUAUUAACAGCACUAUUACUACCACUAUUAAAAGUUGGUGGACAGCCUAAUCAAGUUAGUAGAAUUGUUAAUGUAACUUCUUGUGCUCAUCUUUUGGGUAAAAUUAAUUUCCAUGAUGUUAAUAACAAAAACAAAUUUCUUCCUAAAUGCGCAUAUGCACAAAGCAAAUUAGCACAGGAAAUAUUUACAAAAGGAUUGCAGCAUCUUUUAAAAGAAAGGCAGUAUCAUGUUCAAGUUUAUUCUGUACAUCCUGGAGUAGUAUUUACAGAACUUUUUAUAAAUUCUUUUAUUUGGAAAUAUAGAUUAUUUUAUAAAAUUUUUCUUAAGACUCCUAGACAAGGUGCUAUUUCAAUUGUAUAUGCAGCUGUAAACAAAGCAAUUGAAAAUCAUGGUGGUAUGUACAUCAGUAAUUGUUGUCCAGGUGAAAUCCAUCCAGAUGCUUUGAAUUCAUCUGUUCAAGAAAAAUUAUUUGAAUUAUCUCUUCAGCAAGUACAACUAAAAGACUUUUUUCAAUAUGUAUAAUAAAAAUAUAAAUUAUAAAAAUUAAUUUAACUUAUUUUGUACUUAACGGAAUUACAUAAAGUGAACUAACAAAAAAAAUUAGAAUUAUCUAUGCAAAUAUUAUUUUGUAAAUGCGACGUAUAUAUAAUACGUAUAUUACGUAUAUAUAUACGUAUAUAUUAUACGUAUAUAUUUGAAUAAAACAAUCUUUUAAAUAAAUAUAUUUUUAAUUAAUUAAUUUAUUUAUAUAGAAUAUCAAGCGAAGUUUUAAAACUUUCCGAAACUACAGCAAACUACAGCAAACUUAA